GCACACUUAAGAAAGUCACAAUUGACAGUUGAGCACAAACAUUGCUGGCGUGAAGUUUGAAUAAAUAAAAACACUUUAUUGCGUUCUCGUUUCAAGAAUAGUCGUCCUCAGGGUUUAAUUAAGCCACCUAUAUGUGAAAAUUCCAAGUAUGCCGGCUUCCAUCGGUGUAAAUCUGCGUGUUACUGGCCACUGUCGCCAAGGUGGUCGUAAAUAUAUGGAAGACUUCUUUACGGUGGCUUAUCAGCAGACUGAAGACGAAAAAGAUUUGGAAUACGCGUUUUUCGGAAUCUACGACGGUCAUGGAGGCGCCGAGGCUGCCGCCUUUGCCAAGGAACACUUAAUGGAGACAAUUAUAAAACACAAAAACUUCUGGUCUGACAAUGAUGAUGAUGUGCUCCGAGCUAUUAAAGACGGGUAUAUUGCAACCCACUAUGCGAUGUGGAGAGAACAGGAAAAGUGGCCGAAGACUACGUCUGGUUUGCCGAGCACGGCGGGAACUACAGCUUCUGUAGCAUUUAUAAGGCGCGGAAAAAUUUAUGUGGGACAUGUCGGUGAUUCGGGUAUCGUUUUGGGUUACCAAGAGCCUGGAAGUACAGAAUGGAAAGCAAAGCCUCUGACUAGAGAUCAUAAGCCAGAAAAUCCAGAGGAAAUUAAGAGAAUUGAAAGUUGCGGUGGCAAGGUCGUUGCCAAAUCUGGAGUGCCAAGAGUUGUAUGGAACAGACCAAAAAUCGGACACCAAGGACCGGUUCGAAGAUCAACUCCUAUAGAUGAAAUUCCAUUUUUAGCAGUGGCAAGAAGUUUGGGAGAUCUGUGGUCUUAUAACUCUCAGCUGAAUCAGUUUGUUGUAUCACCAGAUCCCGAUUGUUCUGUCAUACCCAUUGAUACAAACGUUCAUAGAUGUUUGAUUUUUGGUACCGACGGUCUUUUUAACAUGUUAAGCUGCGCGAUGGCUGUCCAUAUUGUGCAACAAGCGGAACGCCAUAACGAAUGUGCCGCCUUAAGCGAUUCCGCCUUCAAAACGUGGCUUAAUCCAAGCAAAUUGUUGGUUGAAAAAGCUUUGGAUCUGUGGCAUGCUACCAAAAUGCGAGCCGACAAUACGUCCGUUGUCACGCUAAUGCUCGAUCCUCCCGGACCACCGAGAGCUCAAGUGUUAAAAGAUCGCAAGAAAAACUUACCAGAAAGCGGUCUCAAAAUAAUGACCAGAUAUAAUGGUAACAGUUCUCAAGAGAACUCCAGCAAUAAUUGUAUGAAAAGUGUACAAACAACCGAAGUGCCAGAAAACACAGUUUUGGAAGAGGAGGAGGACGCCGCCCCCAAACCCAUCACCGAAGUUCCUAACCCACAAGCCAACAUAGACAAUGAAGAACCACCAAAAAAAGAACAUUUAACGGACAAUGCCUCGUCAGUCACCUCCAGCGAGGGAUCCGAUAUUCUACCCUUGAAGGAAUGGAAUUUUACCCCAAAAUUACGCGAGAGUACAAGUUUUGAUCCGCGGGAGCCUUUCAGGCCCAGUACCGAGAAUAACAAGGAAAACUCGGAGGAAAUGGAAGACAAUACUAUACAAAUCAAUGAAAUAUCUUCGAGUAACAUAGAAGAGACUAGUGAAGAGGAAAGCUCUGAAGAAAAACACAAGGCCGUAUUCAAAACAACAAACACGACGACAACGACGAUGAUGGAAGUAGAAGACAGGAGGACCACGAAAAGGAAGCUGGAGGGGGAGGAGUUGAGCCACAGCAUUAGGAAAAGUUUGAGAAUCACUCACAUCCAGAAGCGAACUGGUCUGGUGGAAGACAUGACAGACAGGGAAGUAGCUCCUUGCACUUUAGCGGAAGAAAAGCUGAAACGGCUGGCGGAGGAAGCGGAAAAGGCCAAAAGGCUAGCAGAGCAGAACAACAACCAUGUGGUGAAUCUCAAAGCCGAUAAACCGACGAAGAGUAAGAAAAAAAGGUUUAAGAAGAAGAGAGCGAUGAAGAAGCAAUUGGCCACAAAGAAGAUCAAAACGGUUUUGGAGAAAGUCAUGCUGAGGUCCAAGAAAACUGAGAAGGGAGUAGAGGAACGGAAAAAGGUGGAAAAGAAACCUGCGAAAGUGACAGUCGCCAGUAAGAUCAGUCAUUUUAAGAGGCAGUCUGAGAGGAACGCGUCGAAGAGGCAGAAAAUAGAAGAAGACAGCAAGAAGAGAAACACCGGUAGGAAGGAAAAGUCGCCGAAGAAGGAGAAUGAGAGCUGCCGUAGGCCGUCAGCGGGCAUGAGCUUGCGGAGCAUGAAGCCAAGUACCAAAGAAGUGAAAAAAGGUGGUUUGAAGAAGUCACCCGCAAGCAAGGCAGUCAAGAAGCAGCCGGCGAGGAAAAGUUCACUGAGGCAAAGGAUACAGGAUAAGACAGUGUCCUCGAUAAAGCGGAACUUAAAGAGAAAGACUAGCUAAUAUCAGAGUCGUUACUAAAGUACCUACACAAGUCUUUUUUUUACAAAUCUAAAUAUUUUCUAAGCAGAUUUUAUAAAUCAGAUAUACAUAUGAUGCGAUAUCGAAGAUAUGCUUUUAGGUGCUAGCAGGUUAUGCCAUAACUAUUAAUGGUUAUGUGGGCAUUUUUGGUUAGUUUCACGUUUUCACAAUUGGGAAUAAUGUGAGAAGCAAUAUAAUAGUAAAGACGGCUAAGAAUUUUUUGUUAGAACAAACUACAGUUUAUUUAGUCCAAAAAUUCCGAUUCUCCUUUCGUGAUUACUACAAUGUUUUUAAAAAAAAAAUGAUUUCUAUUGCUGGCAAUAUUUGAGCUGCAGCGAGGAAAAAUUGUAUUGCACGUUUAGCAUAUCGUCGAGCGCUAAUCAGAUAUAAUUUAACGUUAAACAGAUUUCUGUUAAUUUUUAGUUUUCAUUUACCCAGGGAAAGUUAGGUGUUUCCUAUUUUUGAAGUCGUGUCAACUAUAUUAUAAUUUUUUUUUGUAUUUAUUUAGUCAAUUAAAGGUAGGCGGUUGUUAUCCCCCCCCCCACCCUUUUUUAGCGUAAUUUUUGCCACCCUUAUUAUUUGGCGUUUUAUUUCUAUCGCAGAAUGGCCAAGAGGAAGGCAUUCCUUAAAAUACCGGAGAUCUCGUUUAUCCUUUGCUCAGUCGCAGUAUAUACAACAUGUAAAAAAUAAGCUUUUCCUCUCCUUAUUUUUUGUGCCAGAUAAUAUUUUUCUUUACAUAUCCCUUUAAGAAGAUAGCAAAAUUACGUGCCUUUGUUACCAAAAACAAAAAUAUGAGAGCAGAUGUUG